AUGUCAUAUGAACAGGCUGUGAAUCCGCUUCGAAAAUUUAAACUUGUUUUCUUAGGUGAACAAAGUGUUGGAAAAACUUCAUUGAUUACUCGUUUUAUGUAUGACAGUUUUGACAAUACAUAUCAGGCUACAAUUGGUAUAGAUUUUCUUUCUAAAACAAUGUAUUUAGAAGAUCGAACUGUUCGUUUACAGUUAUGGGAUACCGCAGGACAAGAAAGAUUUAGGCAAUAA